AACAGCGCGAGCCCGUCACCGAGCGUUCACUCUCCCCUCUUCCGACCCCGAGGGGGAAAAAUCCACCUAGUCCCCCUCCCUCCCUCCUCUCGCGUUCUCUCGUCGUCACCGUCCUGCUCCCCGAUUCGAGGUCUCGCGCCCUCCCCCGCCGCUCCCGCCUCGCCUCGCCGGCCGCGCCAACCCUCGAGCUCGCGUCGGGAGCGCCCAACGCACCACGGUGGCCAGUCAUCCGCGGCGCCCGCUGGUGGGCGGUGCGAUCGGAUGAGUUGGUGGCGGCGGCGGCGGUGCUACGUGGAGAGGAGGAGGAGGAGGGGGGCCUUGUGCUGUCCCGCGGCGGCGCUGCCCCCGCCGCACCCGCGCCUCGGAGCCGGUGAUGGCCCCGACCGCGGAGCCGUCUUCGCCGCCGCGGCGACCCCGUACGGGCCCGCCUCCGGGGCUGAAGAACCUCGGCAACACCUGCUACCUUAACAGCGUCCUCCAGUGCCUUGCCUCCACGCCGCCCCUCGCCACGUUCUGUCUCGCCUCUCGCCACUCCAAUCUGUGCAAGAAGGUGUUCCCGAACAGGGACAAGGAGUGCGCGUUCUGCGUGCUCGAGCGGCAGAUCGCGCGGCUGCUUAGGGCAGAUGCAGGGGCCCUCGACUCGCCAGCGAAGAUCAUCCGCUGCCUGCCCCUCUUCGCCGAUCACUUCCGGUGGGGCCGCCAGGAGGACGCCCACGAGUUCCUCCGCUACGUCAUAGACGCCUGUCACACUGCUGGUCUCCGCAUGCGCAAGCGGCUUCCUGCGGCAGAUGCCAAUGGAAACUGUGGUGAGGAGGAGGGCCGGGGGCAGGGACCGUGUAUGGUGAUGAAGGAGACGUUUGGUGGGGCGCUGCUCAGUCAGGUGAAGUGCCUUGUGUGCAAGGGAGAGUCAAACAAGACCGACGAGAUCAUGGACAUCAGUCUUGACCUGCCCGGGAGCAGUUCUGUUGGUGAUGCCCUUGCCCGCUUCUUUCAGCCGGAGAUAUUGGAGGGUGCAAACAAGUAUAGUUGCGAAAGAUGCAAAAAGCUCACUUCAGCACGGAAGCAAAUGUUUAUACUCAGGGCACCUAAGGUGCUUGUCAUUCAACUCAAGAGGUUUGGGGGAAUAAAUGGUGGAAAGAUCAACAGGAAUAUUGAAUUCAAGGAGGCUCUUGUUCUUUCUGACUUCAUUUAUAAUAAAAACCAGCUGCAGGAUUCACAACCAGUAUAUAAUCUUUUUGGCAGUAUCGUCCACUCAGGGCUCUCCCCAGAGUCUGGUCACUACUAUGCAUAUGUUAAGGAUGCUAUUGGUCGGUGGUAUUGUUGUAAUGAUUCCCAUGUCUCCAUAUCAAGCUCUCAGGAAGUUUUGUCUGAGAAGGUCUAUAUCCUAUUUUAUAUACUGAGUUUGAAAACUCAAAAGCCUAGUACAAAUGGUUACUCUUCUACUGCAGUUAAAUCUUUCAGCACCAAUGGAAAUGGCAUAUCAAGAACCACAUCUAGUGAGACCCAGAAGGUACCUUUAGUAAAACAGAAUGGUUCAUGUUCGACCAAAGGUAAUGCACAGCUAUCCCUAACGAAUGGCAAGAACACAUCAGGGCCACAUAUCAAGCCAAUUCACUUGAAGAAUAGUGCAACAGAAAAGCUUAAGUCAAAUGGCAACGUAAACCUCACUUCAAGAAAUAAUCUAGAAAUUAAUGAGAGUGCUACACCAUCAGAAUCGAACGGGUAUAAGACUGGAAAAUUGGCGGAACCCGGUAAAAAGAUUACUAACAGCACUAUUUCUUGUAAAAAGAUGGAUGAUAAUUCAGAAAGAAUAUCGCAGGAUGCAAAUGGAAAUGGACAUCCAAUUUGUUUCCAAUAUCUUGUUGAGAACAGUAAUGCUGAGGCCACAUGUGCUCAACAAUAUUCUGAGCAGUCAUCUAGUGCUGUUGCCUCUAAAAGUUCAGUUUUAUACCAAGAAGAGUCUGCAAACUCAGUAAAGGCUGGGGUGACGUCAGCCAAUAAUAGUGCAUGCUUGAAACGUCCACUUGAAGAAGAGAAGUUAAAAGAAAUGCUUGCUGAGUCAGCCAAUUCUGAGCUUCGGUCAUCAGUUUGGGUGGAUGAUGUCUGUAAUUUCAUGCGCUUGGAAAAGAGACAGCGUAUUCAAAAUAAAGACAUGCCUCGGGAUAUUGAUGCAAUGAGAAAGCAGCUAGUAGAUUCUGCAAGAAUGUUUAGGUCAAAAAUUCCGGAGCCACUGAGGGAACAUCUCAUUCAACUCCUGAAAUUGUACUUUGAGGGCAAAUUUUCAUCGGAUGCUUAGUUUUUUAUGCGGUGGUUCUUCAAAAGCUAAUUAAUUACGGAUCUAAAUUUUUCUGGUUGAUACAGAGAUUACCUUUUUGGGAUUCUAUAAUUGUUUCAUGUGGAAACACUUGAUUGCCCUGGUGUCAAUUGGAUCCUGUUGGUCAACUACCAGCUCCUUGUGCGGCUUAUUUUUUAGGACAUUUGGAUAGAGUAACUCUUUUGGGUAUGAUCCUGAAAAGCAACUCGCGCCUGAGAUCAUAAUUUUGAUGGUGCAGGAAUUUUUUGGCAUGUCAAGGAGCAGGUGAAUAUAAGCUUAGGGGAGGGCUGAAUCGUGAGGAUGGAAGUGAUGCUAUGUGCUUGCAUUUCCGGUUGCGCUGAAGCUUGUUUCAGAAUAUCUGUCAACGGAUUUGCGUUUGAUGCUGCCUUGCUCAGGGACAACACCAUGGCCAUCUAGCAUUUGGUUCUUGCGUUGUGUGGAUAAAGAGAGGAAAGCAAAUGAGUUGGAAGAAGAACAAAGGACAAGGAUGGACUAUGUUCCUGAUUGACAUAACUGAAAAUUAUAGGUUUUUGCUGAAAAACUAUUUUUCUGAAAAUCUACUUCUGAAAAAAGCUGUUAGUCUAUGGUCUUAAUUUUUAAGCUCUCAACACACAACUUUUCAGAUUCUCAAUCAGCUUAUUAGUUUAAGUUCAUUUUAUCAGAAACUAACUUAUCAGUUUUUCAAAAAUUAGCAUAAGUUCAACUUGUUUGGUACAAUUUAUGAUUUCUGAGAAGCAAAAGUUGUUGAUAAGCCGUGCCAAAUAGGAUUUACUAGUUGGCCUCGGAAUCCUUGCUUGCUGUUGUCUCGCUUUCGAGUUUAUAUUAAUAUAAGAAAUUGUUAUAGUGU